AUGAGUAAUCCAGCCGGGUAAGGAAAUUAGAGGGCACAUCUGAUCUACAGUUUAUAUGCUCAAUAUCAUGAUGCUGAGAAAUGUGUUCUUGCAGAGAUUUUCCACAAUCUUCCCAACAAGAAGAAGAAGAGGACCGUAGAGGUGAGUUGCUUUGUCUGAAGAUUAAAGCCCAGUUGGAGGAUUUGUUCUCCGACGGCAACCUGGCACAGGACGGCUUCCUGCUGAAGCAUGUGCUAAAGAAAAAGGAGGGCUAUGUCAGCCUCAAGCUCCUCACUUGUUUGAAAAAGGUAAGAUUUUGUGUGUUUCUGUUUUGUUCACAUUCCAUAAAUUCUAUCAAACCUCGUAAAAAUGCCAACAAUGAUAAUGUUACCACUGUUUGUCACAGACAAAGGCCCUGACCACGGACUGGUACAUGACUCUAGCAGGAGCAGAGUACUCAGAGCUUCUGGAGGUGAACGACGAGUGCACCAAAGUGAGGCGGAGAGAGCCGCUUCCCGAAUGGCUGCUGUGUUCCCCAACCAGCAGGCUCCUCCUCGCCUGGAACAUUUCUGAGGAGGAAAAUGAAGAAGAAGACGGAGUUGCCCUAGGCCUCGAGCCCCCAUCACUCUCAGACAGGAUCUUCCAAAAGUUCAGCGCUUACGGUAACAUUACUUCAGUGUGGAUCCUGCAUCCCGGCGAAGAGCUCCCCAAGCAGCUGCAGAAAUAUGCCAAGCGUCACAAAGAGCUCGGCAAACACUUGUGUGCAGUGGUGAAGUUUGAACAUUUGGAGGCUGUACGUGCGGCGUACAGUGUGCUUAAAGCAGAGGAGGAGAAGAGCGGUGGCGAGGGCAUGAAUGUGGUACCUUUGGGAUUCCACUCAACGCACCAAAUCACCAAGGAGGAACACAACCAGGACCCACCUGAAGAAGAAAAUCCACAUGAAACCUCACAGCAUCCAGUCCAGAAGGAAUCCUCUUUAACAGUCCAAGUUGCUGGUGAAGUUUCAAAUGCAACUCAACCCCAGGAGAGCCAGAACAACUGCACUCAAAGAAACUUGGAGCAGAUCUCCACCAGGUGUGACAGCCAGUCCCUCCUCGGUUUCAAACAGAAUUACAGUAGGAUGAACUGUGGCUCAGGAGACUGGGAUAGGAAUCAUUCUCACGGCCCCUGGGUGCUGAGGCGCAAAUUCUUAGCCAGUGCAUUAAACCUCAAGGAGGCUGGAGACCUGAAUGAGCGAGGUUUCAUGCAGAGAGUGCUGCGUCAGCCGUAUGGCCCUGAUGGGACAAAGGGUUUUCGGGGCAGAGAGAGGCAACUGCAGUAG